AUGACGUCAGACGAUGAUAUCAACACAGCCAGCGUAACGUCAGACGAUGAUAUCAACACAGCCAGCGUAACGUCAGAGGAUGAUAUCAACACAGCCAGCGUGACGUCAGACGAUGAUAUCAACACAGCCAGCAUGAUGACUACAGACAAUGAUACAGACACUGCUAGCAUGAUGACUACAGACGACGAUAUCAACACAGCCAGCAUGAUGACUACAGACGACGAUAUCAACACAGCCAGCAUGAUGACUACAGACGACGAUAUCAACACAGCCAGCAUGAUGACUACAGACGAUGAUACAGACACUGCUAGCAUGAUGACUACAAACGACGAUAUCAACACAGCCAGCAUGAUGACUACAGACGAUGAUACAGACACUGCUAGCAUGGUGAUGUUAGACGAUGAUACAAACACAGCCAACAUGAUGACUACAGACGAUGAUACAGACACUGCUAGCAUGGUGAUGUUAGACGAUGAUACAAACACAGCCAAAAUGACAUCAGACAGCGAUCCAACUACAGAAGGUCAACCUAUGACAGUAGAAUCUGCAAGUACAAUACCGACUACCAGUACAACUUCCACAACGGUACCUUCUACCACAGCGGCUCGUAAGUUGUCACUUUAA